AUGGAAUGUAUGAAUAUGCCGCCACCUGACUUGACUCCACGACAAAGCAGCACAUCUUGUGAUGUGGAAUCAAUAAGCACACAGCCAUCUGAGGACUUACCUCCACAACAAAGCACGUCUUGUGAUGUGGUAACUAAGAACAUUCCGCCACCUGAGGACUUGACUCCACAACAAAACACGUCUUGUGAUGUGGAAUCUUUGAACAUUCCGCCACCUGAACAAUCUCCUCCACAACAGAGAAGCAGGGCUUGGCCACCGAGACUAGAUACCAGCUUCCAACCCGCCGGCCACUCUAGUGCCUCUAAUAAGGAAACACAGCGGGUAGAUCCAAUUGGACAUCAACCUAAACCCAAGCGUGCGAUGCCGAGGGGCAAAGAUUUCAGAAACGACCAGCUCUUGGAAGCGAUGUCCGUUCCCGUCCAAAGUGAUAAAGCUCUACAAAUGAUGUUUAGCAUGGGUUGGACUGGUGGCGCUUUAGGAGCGAGAGGCAGUGGCAUCACGGAACCCAUCGUGCCGUAUCUUAAUGGUGGCUCCGGCGCAGGCUUCGGCCAUGAAAUACCUAUAAAAAAUAACAAUAAGCUGCCCAAAGGAAUCACUCCCAUUGCCAUCCCAAGCGUAACUCCACGUAUUUUGGCAGCCAUGUCCUCAAGUCACAGACCUGGAUACAUAUUCAGAAAAAUAUUCCUGACCCAUUUACUCGAUCUAUUGACGAGUACCGAUAAUUCUAAGACAUUGAAAUUGUACCCAAAUAUAAAUAAGAAGGAAAUUUCUUUUGUCAAUCACACGAUCAGGAACUUAGCGGCAAGGGCUAGAGUUAAACUAGACGACGAUGGUCAGAGCAUGGUCGACAACAUAGAAUUAAUUUAUAGAAAAGAUCCAGAGAUGUUGGUGACCGCCUGCGUACACAAUGAUAAAAAGCAUCUAGUACUCACAAAAAGACACGGUUUAGGAAAAAUGUGUCACAGUGAAGAAGCCAGGAACCAAAGACUGGCCAUGGCUGAAGACAUAUCGGAAAAUAUAUCACACUUCAUGAUACACUACGGUCCCAUGGUCUACACACAAAAAUCCUAUGACGAAUUGAAAUUCAAGGUUCUGUACUUAUUGGAAGUAUUAAAGCUAGUCAGAGAUAACACUCUUAGUCAUCUCGUCGUGGAUAUGGUGAUGACGUUGAGGGAGAAGAAUCUGUUGCGUCAGGGUCUCAAUAGUUUCAAUAAGAAUAAAAAUGUUCGUCAGAAGACACCGGAGACUAUAUUAUUCUGGAGGAUUAGAAAGUUCAUUGGCUGUUAUACGGUGAAUGUCAAGUUUACAAAGGAAUAUACACAAUUCACGCUAUAUAAGGAGUACCUAGUACCGAGCAUGGUUGCGGGAGCCCAUCUCACAUAUGAAUAUGCAGAAAUGCAAGGUCAGAUUAAUAAGGAUACAGAAUCUAAAUGGUUAGAUUCUGUAUCCUUAUUAAUUGAUGAUGAUGAUGACGAAAUAAAUGUGGAAAAUAAAAAUGAUAACAUGGAACCCGAUGAAAGUAAUAUUGAAUUUGAACAGAAGACGGUUACAACUGAAACUAAUGAAAUCGACGAAAUCGUUAAAACUCUCACCAUAUAA